CAUCCCCGAGUGUUUUGAAAAACAAGCGAUUCGUUUCUUCUGUCCCACAAAUCAAAUACCUAGAGUUUUAAAAGGAAAAAAAAAUCUCUAUUUUAUAUAUUUUAACAAGUGUAUUAAUCAGGGUUGCUCACGUCGUUCUCACCAAGCAUGUAACGGAACCCUGACGGGUUAUUUUUAUCAGUCUUGGUGUUUCUCGGAGUUAAACUUGUUAACCCGACCGAUUUGGUCGGCUUUUGUAAUAGUUUUAUUUUCACUGGAUCGAAUUUGUACUCGAUUCUCGGGUCAUUUCCGAUUAAAACCCGUUCUCUCCAUUUGUAGGAGCUGUAAGUAAAGGAGAUACAUUUUCAAACGGAUCGCGCGUGUGAAUGCCGAUACGUGGCCGCUGCAUGAGACGACUCUUCUUGUGAAAGGCAGCUUCGCUGGAAUCGAUCGGAAAAGACAUGAAGCCGGUCCCCAAUACACCCCAAAAAACGGCCGUAGGCGUCUCGCAUGCCCUGCAGGACGAACUGGCCGCCACCAUCGAGAACGCCUUCAAGGUGGCCGUGGAAAUAGCCGUCUUCGAGAUCACCAAGCUGGUGGGCACCGUGCUCGGGGACGUCCGGGACCAGAUGGACGAAACCCUGCAGGAGAACCAGUCCCUCAAGCUGAGGCUGGAAAUCUCCGAGCGGGAGCUCAAACUGACCCGGGCCUCGCUGGGAAGUCAGCGGCGCCCAAGGGUCAACCCGCGCAAGUCCGGGGCGCAGAGAAAGCGAGCCGGCGAGGCGAUCGCAGACGAGGACCGAAACGACCUGUUGGCCCCGGACGAGCCUCCUCCUCCAUCCCGCUGCCAGAGACCCGCGGUUGCCGAUCUGUCUGAAGGUGGCGACGAUGGCCGAGCCGGCUCCCCCGAAGGCGAUGGCACCUGUGGGGAAGACGCGCACGGGAGACAGCCUGGAGAAUCGGCUGCGGCAGAAGGCGCGGACGAGAUCUCCAUCAUCCCGGACUCGCCGGCGGAGCCCGCCGACGGACAGGAUGCGAGCGGACGGAGCCCCCCGGGCCGGGAGGAGCUCGACGACGUCUCCGACGUGGAGUACGUGAUCGUCAAGGAGGAGGGCUCGGACCCGGAGCCCGUCGCCGAGGAGCUGGCGCGCCUGCAGUCCCGGCUGCUGGAGGAGUGGAGACCGGAGCCCCUGCCCCUGCCCCUGCCGGGCCGCGACGCCGACGGAUUCGGUCCUUCCUCGGGCCGCCCGCUGUUUGGCGAAGACCCUCACGCCUUCUCCCAGACUCCUGAGCCCAUGCCCCUGGAGACCCUGCAGGGCGCACAGGAAGAAGGCCGGGUGCCCGAUCCCAGCGCCCUCCCUGCGUCCGGCUCCAUCGGGGCAUCCUUGCCCACCCUUCAUCCCCCUGGUCAUCCAGACCUCUCCGGAGAGCCCUGGGCCGGAUCUUCCAGUGGCGGCGGCGGUGGUGGCGGUGGCGCCUCGCUCCAGCCCGGGAAGGAGGGCAGCUACCCCUGCAAGACCUGCGGCGAGCAAUUCCAGCUGCCGGGCGAGCUGCGCAGGCACCGGCGCGCCCACGCCGGCGAGCGCGGCCCGUACCGCUGCCAGCAGUGCGGCAAGGACUUCAACCGGCUGGAGAACCUGAAGACCCACCAGCGCAUCCACACCGGCGAGAGGCCCUACUGCUGCUCCGAGUGCGGCGUGCGCUUCCGCCACUCGGGGGCGCUCAAGCGCCACUUCCGCAUCCACACGGGGGAGAAGCCCUACCCCUGCCUGCACUGCGGCAAGGCCUUCCGCAACUGCGGGGGGCUGAAGUUCCACAUGCGCAUCCACAUGCGCGAGGCCCUGCUCCUGCAGCUGGACUGAUCGGCGGCCCCGCGGGGGCUGUUGAUGCCGGAGCCAGGUGCCGCCGUCGGUCGGCCUGUGCAGAGCAGAGCCGCUGGCUUCGCGGGCUGAUCAGCACUGUGCAAGACCACCGGUUGUUAUUGUCAUGAUGGCAGAAAUUGUCAUGAUGGCUAAACCGAUGACCUGUAGCAAAGCCCUUUUGCCUUAUCUGUAGGCUCAUCAAGGCUUUCUUCUGAAAUAGGAAACACAUGUGAAUCUUGAUACACUACCUGCAGCAGCCCCAAUGUAAAGCUGCCCCAGAUGUCGAAUUCCCGUGCCGAGCUGUCAGGCUGGGCAGUCAUACUAACGUAUAGGAGAUCUGGGUGAGAGAUCAGCUGCAGCUCAGUUUGAUCUAUGCCAGGGUUUGCCAGCCUGUGGGGUUAAUGUGCGAGAGGUCACUUUUUUUCUGCGUCACAGAGAGAUCUUGGCUCGCUUGUUGACUCCGGUGUGGAUCAGACUGUUCUUUGGUGGGAGUCUCUGGUUCUACCUCCGACAUUCCUCGUGUGUUAUAAGUGUGAACAGUAAAAUGGGCUUACCUGGUCCGUUCUGUGACCAGAGUGAUUCUGGAGUGGGGUUUCCGAAUAAGAAUGUAUUCCUAACACCUGUCAGUCACACCACUGGAAACGCGGUAUAGAAAAUGUUCCUGAUGUGCAAGAGUCUUUAACCAAACCUUAAUAAUAAUAAAA